CACCAGUGGGUUCAAACAUGCUCCAGUGUCUCCCUCUAUUCGCCCUUUGAGGACAUUAGCUCAAAGCUAACAGCUAAAACAGUGCUAACUGACCCACCAGCGGGACAACAACCGUCCGUGUACCGUCUCAGAUGUAGUGCUGGUCCAUGGGUGUGAGCCGACUGGAUGUAUUUUACAGAAGGCUGCUCCUCACCAAACUCUUCAUUGGGGGAUGGGGGAAGCCUGAAGACCUCAAGAGAAUCUUUGAGUUCCGUAAGAUCAUUGGAGACAGAGAGAGGUGCAGGUCUCUGGUUCCUGAAGACUAUCCAGUUUACAUAAACAAGACAGAGGACCAUACUGACUGUCAGAUCCACGAUGGCUUCUUCAUGUCUCCUCUGGAGCACUUUGUUCCUGGAAUCCUGCCACCCGAGGCUGUCAAAGCCAGGUUCCAGUUUAUAGUCCCUAAGAAGUGGCAGAAGAACAAUCCAGUAUGCAUCCAUCUGGCAGGAACCGGAGACCAUUUCUUCUGGCGGCGGCGGACCCUGAUGGCCAGGCCGAUGGUCAAAGAGGCAGGAAUGGCUUCACUGCUUCUGGAGAACCCGUAUUAUGGCUAUCGUAAACCCAAAGACCAACUGCGGUCCUGUCUAAAGAACGUGUCGGAUCUGUUUGUGAUGGGAGGAGCGUUGAUCCUGGAGUCAACAGUCCUUCUGCGGUGGCUGGAGAGAGAAGGUUACUGGCCUCUAGGGAUGACUGGCAUCUCCAUGGGAGGAUAUAUGGCGUCCCUGGCAGUGACCAACUGGCCGAAGCCCAUCCCUCUGAUUCCCUGUCUGUCCUGGUCCACCGCCUCUAGUGUCUUCACCACGGGUGUGCUGAGUAAAGCGGUGAACUGGACAGAGCUGGAGAAGCAGUAUGCCAUCAACUCAGUGUACGAAGAGGAAAUCAUGAAGCUGUUGGACUACUGCGGGGCUGAUUCCUUCAAAGUGGGUCGAGAAUUUGCAAAGAGCGUGGACUCUUUAGAGCAUCUGUUGGGCCUGUCCGGAGAUGACAGAGUGUCAGCGGGUCAGAGCUCUAAAGCUGGAAGGGAAACUGAGGCUGGACCAGGCCUGUUUUUUGAUGGAGGCCCUGAAGGGGGCAGGGCAAGAGUAGACCAGUUGUUAUCUUCAGUGAGCAGCAGUGGGAUGAGCUUGGACACUUUUCCACAAAGCCUUCAUCCGAACAACACGGUGCAAGAGAAGAAGAAUAAUUCAGCCAAAUGCCAUCGGCCAUCUUUACAUAACGAGUCUAUCAGCUUCAUGAAGGGAGUGAUGGACGAAUGUACACACAUGGCCAACUUCUCUGUCCCCGUAGACACCAGUCUCAUUGUGGUGGUCCAGGCCAAAGAGGACGCCUACAUCCCUCGUACCGGGGUCCUCAGUCUGCAGGAGAUCUGGCCGGGAUGUGAAGUCCGAUUUCUGAACGGAGGACACAUCAGUGCAUACCUGUUCAAACAGAACACCUUCAGACGGGCCAUAUACGAUACCUUUGAGAGAUUCUGCUUGAAGUACCCCAACCUCCACUAGCCGAGGCAGACUGGAGUCAUUUCCUCCCAGUAACAGAACCACAAUCAAUGGACACUGGAAAAGACAAUGCCUGUCCUCGGAGCAGACACCUUUUUUAAUUAUUACCUGUUUCUUGAAGGUGAUUUAAACACUUUUGACACAAAAAAAGUAUUAAAAAUAUUGUGGAAAUGUUCACACCAGUAUAUGAUAUCAA